AACUGCACCCUAUUAACUCUGCAGAGACCCUUUGAUUUGAGAUCCAUCGCUCAGGAGUUCAGAGUCAGGACUCUUCUCCAAAACCCACGCAGAUAAAAGAGAAAGCUCAAAGAUCUCUUCGGAAAUCUCAGGCUUAUCGGAUUUUCAAUAUGUCUCUAACAAGCGUUAAAAUGUCUGAUGAUGUCUGGUUAACGUGCCUCACCCAUGCAUUGUCUACAGAGACUGAGGAGAUUAUGGGCCUUCUUCUUGGUGAUAUUGAGUACUCUAAAAAUGGGGGUGUAACUGCACUAAUCUGGGGAGCUUCACCUCAGUCAAGAUCUGAUCGGCGAAAGGAUCGUGUAGAGACAAAUCCAGAACAGUUGGCUGCUGCAUCAGCUCAGGCUGAGAGAAUGACCACAUCAACAGGACGGACAACAAGGGUGAUAGGAUGGUACCAUUCACAUCCUCAUAUUACAGUUUUACCUUCUCAUGUAGAUGUGCGAACGCAGGCAAUGUAUCAACUUCUAGAUCCUGGCUUUAUCGGGCUGAUAUUUUCAUGUUUCAGUGAAGAUGUAAAUAAGGUUGGAAGAAUCCAAGUCAUUGCUUUCCAGUCGUCAGAUGGAAAGCAAAAUAACAUAUCAAGACCAAUUUCUGUAUCACCUGUGAAUAGAAGUUACAUAGAUGUUGAGUCAUCAUUAAGUUCCUCAGAAAAUACAUCAGCAAGAUCUGGAUCUGCAAGAGUAGAGAACCCAGAGCAAGACACUGGUGAUUCAAGAACAACUGCAGGAUCAAGUAAGGGUGGGGUAAAAUCUUUGGACUUGGGGGAUUUCUUUGCAAAUGCUGAUGCCAACUAUGUUGGGAGAGAGAGAAUAGGAGGCAACUACCACACUGCCAAUUCAGACAACACAUUUGUUGAUAUCGACCCCAUGGAUAUGUCAGAAAGUAUGCAAGAAGCUAUGCACCGCUCAAAUUUGGAAAUGAGUGGUGCAGAAUACAUCAGAAAAGAAAUUCCUCUUCAUGUUUUGCCAACAUGGUCUCUUCUUAAGCUAGAUUCACCUCUAACGUCAUUCACGGAUUUGCAACGUGUAUUAUAUGAAGAGGAGCGGGGAGCAUAUAACCAAGCUAUCUUGCAAAAUUUGAGGGAUGGAAAAGUACACCCCCUUACCUUCAUACAUCACACAGCAACUUAUCAAGCUUCCAUGUGCAAAUUGAUCGAAUAUUGUUUAAGUCCUGCUAUAAAUGCACUCCAAGAUCGCUUGAGAGAGAAUGAAAUUCGGUUAUCAAUGCUGAUUGAUGAAGCCAAGAUGUUGGAGACUGAAACUUUUAGAGGGAGUGAGCCAUCUUCCAGAUCUCCCCGCCAUGUUCCAUCUCAUGGUCUCCGAGGAAGUGCUUCAUCCAGUCAGCGGGACUUGCAUAGUUCAUCUGAAUCUCUUAGUGUGAGGACUGUUUCUAGUCCUGGUAGCCGAACCAGAACAGGGUCUUAACAGAACAACAAGUUAAACCUCUUUUGCAGUUCGUUCAAAUUGUCUCGGAGUCUGCCAGAGAAUCUUUUGUAACUUGGUUGACUCUUGGUAUCCAUGGUUGGCAGAGUUAAUUGUAGUAUCGGAUGAGUCUCUUAGCAUUUAUGACAUCUUUCGAGAGGAGGAUUUUUGGAGGAGCUAGAGGAUCUGCAAUUGGCUCAAGUAUAAUGUAGGAUGUAUAUAUUUCCUUCUGGGCUAACAGUACUUGGCUUUACUUUGUGAGCUUUUAUAGAGCAUGGGAUUCUAUAUUUGACUUUUUUCCUUGGUCAGUUCAUAAUGUUUUCCAUAGGGGGCAUCCCCUUGCUUGUAGCCUUGUAUUAUUAAUGAAAUGCUGUGCAUUAUUUUCCAAAAAAAAAAAAAAAAUCGUUGGCACCAGGUUUGAGUUUCAA